AUGUCGAGCCCUGCCGAUUUAGUUGCGAAGGCCAAGCUGGCUGAACAAGCUGAGCGUUAUGAUGAUAUGGUUACAUAUAUGACAAAAUUAGUGGAAUCAACUAAGGAGGUCCUUUCUGACGAACAGAGAAAUCUACUUUCAGUGGCUUACAAGAACGUGGUAGGAGCGAGAAGGUCUGCCUGGCGAAUUAUUUCGAACUUAGAGGAUAAGGCAGAGGGUGACGAAGUUAAAAAGGAAAUUGCGAAGAGUUAUAAGCAGACCGUGGAAGGUGAACUGAAGGAAAAGUGCAACGAAGUCCUUAAAUUGAUCAAAAAUCUACUGGCUGUGGUGGAAGAUGCUACGAACCAAGAAGAAGCUAAAGUUUUCUACUACAAGAUGCAAGGAGAUUACUAUCGCUACCUUGUGGAGAUCGAGGAUAGUGAUUCAGGUGAUAGGAAGACGCUGAGCGAAGAAUCUAAAAAAGCUUACGAACAAGCUAAUGAGGAGAGUAAAAAAUCUUUGUCAGAAACGAACCCCAUCCGCCUUGGAUUGGCGCUGAAUUUCUCUGUGUUCUACUACGAGAUCGAAAACAACUCCUCAAAGGCAUGCGAGCUGGCAAAAACGGCCUUCGACGAUGCGAUAGCUAAACUGGACGACGCAAAAGAAGAUUCUUACAAAGACAGCACCCUGAUAAUGCAACUUCUCCGCGAUAAUCUAACUCUGUGGCAGUCAGAAGAUGAUGGUGAGCAACAGGGAGACGAUUGAUAAAGGAGUUUGGAAGCGUUUGUGUACUUUAGACUACAAACUCAGCGCUGAGAAUGACUGAGUGGUUUUCAUUGGAAAGAAUAUUCACUUACUAAUUAAGAGUCGAUAGAAGCGGUGACGGAAAUCAAUACUUUUGCUUACUGAUUCUUUCCUGACCAGUUCCUUCACUCAUGUUUAGAUGUCAUUGAUUUGGUGUAGCGCAAGAUAGACCUCUGGAAGUUUUCAAAGCUUUUACAUAAUUAACGGUGAAUGCCAUCUCAGCUAAUAUUAAGACAGAAAUAUGUGAAUUAUACGUCAAGAAAGCAACGUUCUUAUGGUGUAUAGUGUAAUCUUGUUUGCAUAUAACAUUAUAAAAAAAUUGUAAAGUUAAUUCAAAGUCAAUUACGAUGCAAUUCUUUAAUGUCCUACACUUUGUUGUUUGUCUAAGUCCUAGAUCUCCGAUGCUGCUCACAUUAGGCAUACUAAAGAAUGGAAUACAUUAUAGAUUAAUUAAAGUGUGACUCUGAAAAGUUUCGUGGUAUGUCACUAGGAAGCGCUAUUUAAUGGUAAUAUAUAAUUAAGGUGAAACCUCGUGCUUGUUUAUAUUGACGUUUAAUUCUGAGCACUUAGUUGAUAGUAUAACAUAAGCACUUUACUGUUGGAUAAUUUUUCGUGUACUCAGGGUGAAUGAAUAUUUUUUCCGGUAGUUUUUUUCUCUACUUUAUUUCUGCGAAACUGUUGACCACUAUAGCAAGGUGACUUGCCAGCAUGAACAGUGAAGUUGUUGUAAGUGGAUUUUGUUUAAUGGAGGGAAUUUUUUGCUCUCUUCUCCUGAGAGACUCAUGGCUUAAAUCUGCUAGGUUUUUUUUUCAUAUGGUAGUGAUGAGGACAGAGUUAUUUGUACUACCAACCAAGCUUUACUUCUCCAUUUUUGAUAUGAUUUAUCAGGUAGUGAUUCAGAGCAGGGUCAUCCAGUUUUUUUGACCACUGAAAAUCAGAGUUGAUUUUUUUACUGAUCUGUAAUUUCUGAAAAUGUGACUGCUAUAAUCAAUGUUAGUUUGGCUGUGAAUUACAUAAGAAUAACCACUCUGAUACUUUUUUUUUUUUAAUUGAAUAUUACCUAAUUGUGAGAAAAUUGCCAAAUAAUUAAUUAUGUAAUUUAGGUAGCAUUAUUAGGAAUUAUAUUAUACAUUGUGUGAUCAAAUGGCAUUCUAGCAGUUUCCUUUUUUCCAGUUUAUCUGACCUCAAUCACUUUCUUUCCCACGUUGCAAGUAUAGAAACAUGACUAAGAGUAGGGUCAUAUAUAUUUUGCUCGAAAAUUCGAGCAUUAUGCUUCCAAGUGUCGUCCCUGAAAGCAUGAACUAUGCUCAUGAUUAUGACUAACUGAACUGAACCCUUUCACUCCCAAGAUCUCAACAGUAAUUCUCCAUACUGUCUGCUGUACAACUCUUAUGAUGUUGAUUCGGGGAAUUUGGCAUAGGAUCAAUUAAUAAUCUCCUAAUUGAUAUUUCUUUUUACUCCCAUUACUUGUCUACUUGAAAUUGUAUUGAAAUGCUAAGGAGAAAUUCCAUCUUGGUCACUCAAAGGAGUUACAGGGUUAACAGUGUAACUCUUUGACCCCUUAGAGUGACUAGUAUCUAAUAUUUCCUUACACUAUCACCCCAGAAGCAUACAUAAAGGUCAUGAAAAUAAAGAAGUUGUUGAUUGUUUAACCAAUUCUCCUUAUCAGCUCCUUAAGAAAUUUAUUGAGUCAGUUUGGAGAAUAUGCAUACUGAUGCAAGGGUUAAGAGCCAUUCGAACCUCCCCUCUCCCUCCCUGCUGUUGACAAGUUAAACUAGUGUUGGACGAAACGCUUUCUGCACUUCAAGGAAAACAUUAUAUGAAACCAAAUUCUCAGGCCACAUAUAUUUACCCCUUGUUAUCUCUUGCUGAGUACAUGAGGUGUUAACCAGGCCUUUAAUUGAAGUAACCUGGGCAAGAAAAUUACAGGAAAGUACAAGAAAUGGCAUUUGAGACCAAUAUGCUGAAAAUGAAUCCAAAACUCCAUUGUAAAAGUACUUGAAAGGCAGUCUAACUCAUUUAUACUCAAUAACUUUAGUCAUUAUUCUGGCAUCAUGCUUGAUGCUCCGACCAACAUUAUACCUAAAAUUAUGCCAGAAUAACUUAUCUGAGCCUAACAGUGGAAAUAGAGAAUGAUGCAUGCUGACUUUGAUACCCUUGAGUUAUAUUUAUGUGCUGUGCAGAUCAAUUUGAAGCUUCAACAUUCCCUUCCCCCCCCAUGGGCAUUUGACCUUUGUCAGGGGGUUGGGAAUUUUAAAACCACUUCUGAAUGGGGUGGUGAAUUUGGAUGAGUGCAAUACAGGUAUUUUAACUUAAGAUAUGUUGGAGUUCAAAGGUAAAAAGUAAAUUUUUAUAAGAAAAUGGCCUAGAAGAAAUUUUUUUGUUUCAAGAAUGAUGCUUAAAAGCAAAAAGACCAACAGCAGCCCCAAAUUUGACUUUGCUCAAUGGUACAACAUUCAUUAGCUACACUUAGAAUCAUUCAAUAAAAAUAUUAUAGUUCAGUGAGGUAUUUGAAUGCAAUUUUGGCCUGGAAAGGGGACAGGAAUUUGUAUGAACCAGUCUUCAAAGUUUCAAUGCCAAGGGGGGGAUGUUGAAGCUUUGAAUUGAUUGAUGUAUAAGCUUCAAUUUGGUAGGAGUGCAAGGGUGUAGCUAGGGGGGGAGGGGGGGGUGCAUGUGACUUACCCUUUCUGAACCUUUUUCUAAGCAAACAACCUACAAUAUCUAGGUGGCAAAAACUGGUGAGUACCCUCUGUCUGAUACAGAUAUUUUAUUUAGGGAAAUAAAACCCGGAUUUGCUUGAAUUUGCUUCGUUAAACAUCUUCAAAUAUAUUGGGGACCUGUCAUGCGAGGACAACACGCGAGACUGUUUGAAAAGUCACGCGAUCGUCACACGUGUGUGACGCGCGAGUGUGACUUGUCACAGCGAAACUACUAGCUAUAAACUCAUAGGGCGAAGAGCGGGUUUCGGGAAAGCGAGGGCAGAUUUUUUCUUAAUUUGCUGCGCGUGUUGAUCAUUUGUCGAUAAAUUUUCCGUAUCUGCUGUAGAUAGUAUGCGAUUCUUGUAUAUUUUCACAGGAAUCGUCCAACACCCAUUUCUAUGCAUUCCCGGUUAAAAAACCUCCCGGAUGUUACUGGCGAUGUUGAUUGGCAGAAAUCACGCAAAACUUCAGCUGAGACACGUGACCAAGGAAGAGAAAGAAGGCAGCUCCCUGCAAUUUUACAGCGUCAAUUGAAAUUUGUUUGAGAGGUUUCGUUCUGGGUGGGUUGUAGCAUUUUAAAUUGUGAAGUCAAGAUGAAUCUGAUAGAAGAAAAUAUUUACCGGGCAAAAAUAGCAGAGCAAGCUGAGCGUUAUGAAGACAUGGUAACGGCCAUGAAAAAAGUAGUGGAAGAAAUGGGAGAUAAGGCGCUAAAUCAUGAGGAGAGAAAUCUGCUGUCGGUUGCUUAUAAGAACGUGGUCGGUGCACGGCGAUCUGCGUGGCGAAUUAUUUCAAGCAUAGAGCAGAAAUCAGACAAGGAUAAACCGGAAAACGAGGGAAAAUACCAAUUCGCCGAAGAGUACCGUAAGAAGAUUGAAGCUGAAUUGAAAGAAAUGUGCAAUGAAGUUCUAGAGUUGAUCGAUCGUUACCUCCUUCCCAAAGAAGAAGAAGGAACUAGUACGGCGCAGUUAGAGGCGAAUGUGUUUUACCUGAAGAUGAAGGGCGAUUACUAUCGCUACCUGGUUGAGAUUGAAAAAGAUGAGGAGAGGGAAGCAGUUGGGGGAAAAUCGAACGACGCUUACAAGUUGGCUCAGGAGAAGGCUAAAGCGGGCUUGAGUCCCACUCAUCCCAUACGGCUUGGCUUGGCGCUGAAUUACUCGGUGUUCUACUACGAAAUCCAAAACGACCCUGAGGAAGCCUGUAAGUUGGCAAAAUCUGCGUUCGAUGAAGCGAUAGGAGAACUAGACAGUGUAGCAGAAGAUACUUACAAGGACAGCACGUUGAUAAUGCAACUCCUUCGUGACAAUUUAACACUGUGGCAGUCGGAACAGGAUGAUAGAGACGGAGAAUGA